UCUCUCUCUCUCUCUCUCUCUCUCUCUCUCUCUCUCUCUCCAUGCGCUGUUUCUGCCAGUCAGAGAGAAGACAGUGGAAAGACAAGCUUGUGUUUCGUUUUGCAACUCCUGCAUUUGACCGACAUUCUUCAGUGAAUCAGCGCCAGUCAAAUCUAAAGGCUGAAAUAUCAUCAUUUUCCAGAAGAGCCAUUAGAGACAUCUUUGUCAACUCAAACCAAAUGUAAAAUAUUUGGUGAAGUGAAAUGGAGUAUAAUUCAUGAGAUGACAUUUUGCCCUUGGAAUCAUCAGCUGAAGACCCAUCUCUGCACAGAUCCUACACAGGACAAACACACGGUGUAUAGGCAACACCAGGAGGAAACACAGGAUAUAUUUCUAACUAUAAAUGGCCUCAGGACCCUGCAGGUGUCUUUGAGUUUGCCAAAAGAAGCAGUCCAACAUGAGUGUCCCAACUAGUUUCCAGGGACUGAGGGUCAGUGUUGAUAGAGGAGAGAAAAUGACAACCAAAACCCAGAUGCAGUUCCCCCAAUCAGGGGACGAUAAUGCAAAUCAGUUAACAUUGAUUGGUGAUCAAGGAGAAGGACUAGUUGGAGGCCUAGAGUAUGGCACAGGUUCCCUUCCUCCUUUGGUCUCCCAGAGUGACACCAAUGAAAAAAUAGUGAUCUGGAGCUCUGAUCACCAAUGCAUGGAUCCUGACCUCAGUGAGUUUGAGCUGUUGGAGUGUCAGGAGAUACACACUUUCCUGGGGAAAAGGGAUCAAGAUGAAGAAAAUGAAGAUGAAGAUGAUGGAGGAAGCUUAAGGGAUGGAAAAGAUGAGGGUCCGAUGUCUAUAUCCUCCAGUUCAACUGCCAGUUCAGCUUCGACCGGGGUGAAGAGGAAUGACAACGAUAGCAACAAAGUGGAUAGCAGGAUUCAAAGGGGCAGGGAGAUGCAGAAAAGGGCUGCCUGUCACAGCACUGAAGAGCUAGAUACAUGUGUGUCAGUUUCAAUGGAGAAAGAGGACACCAGGUCAGGCAGAUCAGGACGCCAUGAGAGACGGAAAGGAGGUCUGAAAGAGUCCAAGUCUGAGACAAAUGUGUUUGUGUCCAGUUUGUCAGCUGUUUCCCUCAGUGGGAGUCUUUCUAGUGCUCUAGAUGGUGGUGGAGAAGCACAGUCUCUCAUCUCUCUGCCCAACUACAAGACCAACUCCUACUCCAAUGUCAACAACACUACCUCAGCCCAGACCCGAAGAGGGGCAACCCCACUAGAUUCCAGCAAGAACUCCCCACCUUUCCGUCCUCAGGAGAAACAUGACCGUCCUCAGUACUGCAGCCAGGAUCAGAGCCACGAGGGGAGGAGUUAUAGUAGAAAUGGAUUAUCCUCUGAUGGUGGAUUGGGGCAAAGGAGAAAGGCUGGAUUUGAGGAGAGGGUGCUGCCGCCCAGACGACAGCAGCUUGUUAGACCCCUUUGUCAGACAGAGAUGGGAAGAGCAAGGAGCUUACCAGAAUCCAACACUCCUCAGAGUGAAACAGGGCAGCCCUCCUCCCCUAACCCUUCUGCCGAUUCACACAGUAAUGGGUCCAAUCGAAAGUUUUCCAAAUCAUCUUUACGUGAACCUUCAGAUUUCUCACAUCUGUACAACUCAUCUGGAGUCUUUCAACAGCGACAACCUAGCCAAGCAACCCACAGGGAGGUGUCGCCUAUGGAAAAGCAGCUUCCUACCACUCAACGGCGUAAUUCCAGCCCCUCUAACCGUCCCACUGUAGAGAAGAGACCCCAGACUCAGUUAACAUAUAGGAGGAACUGCUCCAGUCCCAACAGGACAGGGGUCGAUUCCAGGGCAUCUACCCCUCCCCACUCCCCGCUCAGGACACCCCAAGGCUCACCACGCAGACAACCCUCCAUGUACCUCAUUUCCAGAAAUGCCUCUGGAGUAAUUCGACAUAUCCCGUCUGGAUGCAACCCUGCUGUAACAACAUCCACUCAGGGCUAUGGCAACAGUUGCUUGAGAGCACCAGUAAAAACUAAUAUAAGCACAACUGGAAUCCCCAAAGCGCCUCUUAACAACCAGCAAAGCUCCCCCAAUUCUAACCACAACCCCAACCCUAAAGAGAGCUCCCCAUCACCUAAACAUAUCCCGAAACCUAAAGGGGUACGCCCCAAAAUCAUAACCUAUGUCAGAAAAAAUCCUCAGUUUAAGCCCCAGGCUGUUGAUGGACCUUAUCAGGUAUCUUCUCUACCUUCCAGACUCUCAACUUAUACACACAACCAAACAGCCAGCUCAAGCAAAGACAUCCCUAAAGACAAACCUGAUGCAGAAACCAGAGGAGCUCCAGUACUCAGUGCCUCCAACCUGCUUUAUGACAAGUACCGUCAAGAGAUGCAGACAAAUAUCUUCCCAUCUGGAAUGCUGAACAGGAGUGUCAGGCCGCCUGGACACACAAACACUGUCCCCCCUGCACAUACACAUGGUGCGCCACAUGCACAUAACCACAGCCAUACAGCACCCCCCAAACUGGGCAGCAAAGCCGAAAACUUCUAUGGGCCGCCAUCAGAGGUGGGAAGACCUGCCAGUUUUAAAGGGAGUCCUGGGGAGGACCCGCUGCAGGCCCGAACAGCCGCCCAGGCCGGAGGCAGCGGCAGCCUGCUGCGAUCCAGCAGGGGUCUCCGUCUGGGCCUGGGAGCUGUGACCAGGACGACUCCAGGCUCAGCUAAGGGCAGAGGACCAGGUCAAGGCCAGAGAUCAGCACCAGUCUUCAGCCAACCUGUUCAGCCUGUCAGCCCAGCGACGAGCCAGAAAAUCCAAGAUAGUACAGAUGACCAAGUUUUCACUCAUCAUGCUCCUGCUCCAUCGACAGCCCAGGCUCAGGCCAUGGCCUCCAGGUCGCUGCUUCCUAAAGCCAGCCAGUCAGGCCUGCGCCCUCCGGGCUUCAGCUCCAACCGUCUCCCCGCAGGUCGUCUGGCAGCCUUUGGCUUUGUCAGGAGCUCCAGCGUCUCCUCUGUCUCCUCAGCCCAUUCCGCUGACAGCACACAGAGCGACCCCUGCAGGACAACCCACCGUCUCAGUGUGAGCGAGGAGCCUCCUCUUCACAGAGUGACCACAGGACCCCCAUCGACAGAUCACCAAAGAGGGGCACCGUGCCGUAGUAACAGCCUCCAGCCCCCUUCCACCCCUGCCCUGCCCCGACGCUACCUGCCCGCGCAGCCAAGAAGCUCCCCCGGAGUUGGAAGGAAGGAGUUUCAGCGAAGUUCCGAGGUCACACGCUCCCUCCCAUCUUCCCCAAAGAGGUUGGCAGUGGUUCCUCCCAAGCCUCAGUCUCCAGUCCAGUCCGGGCAGCGACUCGCAGCAGCAGUGCGGGCUACGGCCCCCCCAGGUUCCCCUCGCCGCGUGGCCCCCCUGAGGCCACAACAAGAACAGCAGGAGAACCUGCAGAGAGAAAAAGAGGAGGCUCAGCAGAAAGAGAGGGAAAGACAAGCAGAGGAGAGGCAAAAAGACGAGCAAUGGGAGGAGGUUCAGAGGCUGCAAGGGCGCUGUGAGCAGCAGGAGAGACAGUUAAGAGCUCUUAGAGAGGAACUGAGGAAGAUGUCCUUGGGUCUGGAAGCCUUUAUCAUUACCACUCAGCAUUACUGUCUCAAGAAUAAAUCGACUGAAGAGAAUGAAAAGAAGUUGUCUCUGGAAGUGCAGAAGAUAAGAGAUGAAAUUGCAUCCCACUCAUUGCGAUGGGAGAGACUCCAUCGGGAAAAGACAGCUCUGGAGGUGGCGUUCGAACGCGAGCUGCAGGAGCUGCAGCAGCAGCAGGAGGCAGAGCUGGCAGCUGUGGAGGAGGGGCUUAGAAAGUGUCACUCUGCAGAAACAGAGCACCUGAGGGCGGAGCAUCGGUCAGAGAUGGAGGAGCUGAGGACUCAGCAACAGGAGCAGAUGGAGGAAAUGACAGUCAGCCACCAGGCUGCCAUUCAGGAGCUGAGAGACAUGCAUAACAUUACCAUGGCAACACUUCAUGAGGAGCACGCCCGCACCAUGAGAGACUUAAGGAAAGCUCAUGAGCAGCAGAAGAUACUUCUAGAGGAGGAUUUUGAGAAACUCAGGCUUUCUCUACAAGAUCAAGUGGAUACUCUGACAUUUCAGAACCAGAGUCUGAGGGACAAAGCCAAACGCUUUGAGGAGGCUCUGAGGAGGAGCACAGAUGAACAAAUAGUGGAUGCUCUGGCUCCGUACCAGCACAUUGAACAGGAUCUGAAGAGUUUGAAGGAAGUUGUGGAAAUGAAAAACCAGCAGAUACACCAGCAGGAGAAGAAGAUUUCUGACUUAGAGAAAGUGGCCCAAAAGAACGUGUUCCUGGAGGAGAAGAUCCAGGUUCUGCAACAGCAGAAUGAGGACCUGAAGGCUCGCAUAGAUAAGAACCUUGCCGUGUCCAGGCAACUGUCAGAGGAAAAUGCCAACCUCCAGGAGUCUGUUGAGAAGGAGAGCACUGAGAAGAAGCGUUUGAGUCGUAACAACGAGGAGCUGCUUUGGCGUCUCCAAACCAGCCCCCUCAUGUCCCCCUCUUCCUCCCCUCUUCACCGCUCCUUCUCAUCCUCACCUGUCCCUUCUUCCCCAUUCUUUUCCUCCUCUCCUGUGGGGGGCUGUGAAUCCCCCUCCCACUGCCAGGGCUGUCUCCAGCACCAGGCCCAGUAUUUCUCCCCCUCCCACAGAGCUGUCACCAACCAAAAUAUCUCCCCUGGACCCGCCACGCCCACUCACAGAGCAGCAAGCAAUCAGAAUUACUCACCUGGCCCGGCCACGCCCACACACCGAUCUCCAGCCAAUCGCUGUAACGCAGCUGCUUGUCUCACCUCUCUGCAAAGAUAAGCUCAUCAUCCUUCUUCUUCUCUUUUCUUGCUAUGUUUUUUGGAUCAGUCUCUUUUAUUUCCAUCACUGUCGUCUCUCUACUUCCCAAACUGAAUGUGAAUGAUGCGACGGUACAUGUUGGAGACACGAGACAAAAUGGACAAACGACUGUCAAGAGGCAGAAAUGUGUUCUUUUUCCAGCCUUUGAUGCUGACGAUGGCCAUAAUGUAAAAUGAUGACACAGCUUAGAAAUGUGUGUACUCUGUCUUAAUACAGAAUGUUGAAAUUUAGAUUGUAUAUACUGUGCGAUAGCGAGACAGAUAAUGUAGUUAGACCUCCCCUGCAUGGAUUAAAAUGAUCCCCACAUACAUACAUAAACAAAUUAACAGAAAGUAGCACACUCCUCCCUGUUAUUGUUUUUUUUUUUCAUACACAUACAAAGCCGAGACUUUAAACAGUCAUGUCCUUGGUCAAAUUAUUCUCAAUUUAGUUCAAUCUUCCGUUUUGAAAAUCUGAUUUAUGACCUGGAAUCAGUUCAACUUAAAAUGUUUUUCUGGGUUUUUUUUGUUUUGUUUUUUUAAUCUGGAACAAAGCGCCUUAUAUUCAACCCUGCCGUCUCACCAGCAGAGAAAGACCAACAUUUUAUAGCAUCAAAGACUUUACAUGCAUAUUUGGUUUGUAAAUCAGAAUAAAUCCUUUUUCUCAGCCUCCUUUAACUUUUCCCAAGUAGUUUCAGUGCUGAUGGUUUAACCUUUUUUUUUUUUUGUAUUACGACCUAGAACUUUACCUACAAAAUACAGAGGACUUGACAUUUCUAGGUCUUUCAGAAACCUUUGCCAGGUCUUCCUAAAGCUUCUUGCCACAUGAGCUACUCUUCACUUUUGGGAUCCCUCAGGUCAACAUGCAAAAACUUUGUCUGCCAUUUUGUACUUACCUCAAUGGGAAUGUGCAGUCUGUUGUAUCUGUAGCUCAACAGCAACAACAACAACAACAAACAACACUAUCACACAGCUACCAGGGAGCUCAAAGCUAAGGGGAAAACCUAGCACAGGAAUUGCUGUUUCAAUGUUGUUGUGUUUUCUUUACAAUGUGAUGUUUAUUUGUUCCACGUAUUUUACAAAUUAAGCAAGUACGUACCGUGAGAGUCUUCCAGUCUUAAUGUGAAACUUAUUAUUGCUGUGAUGUGUCUAUUUAUUAAGCUAGAGGUUGGAAGGACAUGAAUGAUACUGGUAAUUUUUUUUAACGUAUGGGACACAAAUAGAUUGAGAUCCAUUCGCAAGAAGAAAAUGAUUCUGAUUUUUUUUUUUUUUUUUUUUUUUUUUUUUUUGACUUCUUGUCCUGAUACAUAGGUGACGUUCAGGGGAUUGAUGUAUGAUAGGAUACUGGUAUAUAAGCUAUGUAGGUAAAAAAAAAUUAAUGAAUAGUUAGUCUUCUUUUUACCUCUGUGAUGUAACUAGAUUAGUGUAGCCCUCUCCUAACCUAUGUUAACCUCAUCAU